AGCUGAGCUGCGUAGAACCCUGGUUAAAGUAAACACGUUGAAGGAAAUAUUUGUAAUGACACACACUAAACCCAGAUAGACUGGUUUUACCCCCGGGCGCAGCAAGUGAUGUAAGCAUCAAGGAAUUGUUGUUUUUCCAUUCAAAUGGUAUCAUAACUAUGAGCAUCACGUCACCUUUUAUCCUGCAACAAGGAAAUUAUUAGACUGAAAUUAAAACACAAAAACUACAUAAAAUUGAAAAAAUCCGCAUCUCACUAAAUAUACAUACUUUCUGUUGGGCUGUUAAUGAAACUGUAUUUUAUUUUAGAAGCCAAACUUGUUUCUGGCUCCAGUAUGGGCCUUUCCCACGUUUUCAAAGAAGCUCUCCAAAGAAUUGUUAUAAUGUAGAUAUAAUUCAGUGGGGUUUUUUUUUUUCAAAUUAAAAAUAUUUUACGUUAAUGCUAUAUUUAACAAUAAAUAUAGUAUUUUUUCCUUCAUUAAAGCUCGGUACCGGUCGGGGACCUCAGUAGGUAACUCCGCCUGAAAGUUUCUAAUAAAAACGAAUUCGACGCAAGGCUGACGCUCGUGAAGCAGCGCUGUGCCAUUUAAAAGCUGUGGUAGCCGUCAACAAAGGGAAACGGCUGUUUUGAUUCGGUCGUGAAGACAACAUUUUCCAGCCAAUCAUCUACCUCACAUCCUUUAAUAGGAUGUUUCUUCAGCAAAGAAGAGCUAUUUCCCAAGCUGCAUCUCAUGUAUUAAAUGACUGGAGAUACUGCUUAUCCCUGGACAAUGAAAAUAGGUGUCGACAGAGCUUAAAACACAACUUAAAGCUCUAUGACAUGUUGGCAGGAAGUAAAACCAAUGAGAUGCAGGGAUCACGCCAACAGAAGUGUGCAUCAAUACUGGUUUCACUGUGCUCUGUUGAAGGACAGCCGUCAUUCCUCUUUACCCUGCGCUCCACUGCAUUGGACAUGAACAAGGGAGAUGUCAGCUUUGCAGGAGGAAAGUGUGAUCUGGCAGACAGGGAUGUGGUUGCCACAGCCCUGAGGGAAACCUGGGAGGAGCUGGGUAUCAGUGUAGCAGCAGAAAGUGUUUGGGGGGUGUUAAAGCCUCUUUGCCACCGUAAAGGAUUGACGAUUGCUCCUGUCUUGGCCAACCUUGGUCCAGUAGAGGACUUGUCCUUCAGAAUAAACCCAGGAGAGGUCGAGGACGUCUUCACUUUACCUUUAUCCCACUUGUGCAAUCCCCAGAACUGUGGCUACACAAACUUUCGAGUUGGUGAAAAAUAUGGAUACACACUUCCAGUGUUUCACAACUGGAAACAAAGAGUUUGGGGCCUGACUGCAGUAGCUGUGAACCAAACUCUGAAACUGAUUGUUCCCUCAUAGCAUCCAUAGAACUGUUUAAAUAUAAAAGCUGACAUUGUGUUAUUGUUAUAAAUGUGUGAAAAAGCUGUGUUGUAAAUUAAUAUUCUGACUGCAUUUUUCUUCUGUUAAUGUUAAUUUUUAGAAGAUCAGUGUUACAUAACAACAUGAUUUUAAAGUAUUUUGAUUUUCCUGAUUUACCUUAAAAUAUAAUUAUCUUCAGAUUUUAGAGUAGAUUAUUUUAUCAGGUAAUAUUUUUAUUUUAUCAUUUGUGACUCAAGUUAUGGUUUGUACGUCUUGAUUUGAGAAUGCAAUCAUCUGUGACUGACCAGGCGAUCCACUGUCCUACUGUUGGCUGCUCCGUCCACUUCCUCAGGACAGCAGUAGCUUCUAGUGUCUAUCUCUCAGUGAAUGUAUUACAUCUAUUACAUAAUUGGUUGUCGCCGAAUGUUGAAACAUUUUUAAAUAAUAAAUACUUAAUUUACUGUU